AUGAUAUCUGCACUGGGACAUUGUGAAGACCCAGCAUGUUCACAAUCGUCAUCUAGUCAUGAGCUAGUACGAUUAUUUCGAUGUUCAAUUCAUUGUGAUCGUUUAUUAUGUUUAUUUCAUUUAAAUGCUCACAAUGUUCAAUAUGAAGAAGAAAGAAUACAAACUGAUGCUAUACUUAAUGAACUUCAAAAUUGUUUAACACUUUAUCAAGAAAUAUUUGAACAACAUAUAAAAUCAUAUAGAGAACUUGUCCAUCAAGCAUCAACAUUAUUAUUACAUAAUACAUCAUCAAUUGUUCCUAUUGAAAAAAUUCGUCCUGUCUUAGAAAAACUUCAAAGAGCUAUUUCAAUUUUUCAACAAGAUAAAGUUAUUAUUAAAAGUGAAAUAGAAUUAAAUGUAACAGAAUUUGAUAUGGAAAAAAUCGAUUCAAAUUUAUCAAAAGAUUUUUCUCUAGUGAAAGAAGAAACAAAUACUCCCAAAGUUAGCCAUGGUGAAUCCAAUCGAUCAGUAGUUGUUCGACUUGAACGAGUUCAGUUUCAUAAAGAACUCCCACUUGAUUCUAUACUCAAUGAUGAACUAAUAGAUAAAAAGCAAAAUGAACAAGAAUCGACAAAAGAUGAAAAUUCUAAAAAAUUAAAAGAAUCAGCUAAUAAUUUUCCUACUGAGCCAAUCAGUAAUAACGAAGAUGUUUCAAAUAUAUUGAGAACACGUAAAUCAACUGAUGAAAAUCAACCACAUAAUAACAAACGAUCUCGUAUUUUAUUACCUGUUUCUUCUGAAAAAAAACAAAAGGCAGGAAUAAAAAAGAAAAAUGAUAAAACGCCUUCAUUAAAACGACUACAAACUUAA